AUGUUGUUCCUGAGCGGCGACGCAGAGCCAGUCGAAGGACUUGGGCACCGUCUAACAGCACGUGCUGCGAAGGCUUCCGCUGCCUACGCUCACGAAAUCAGCGAGGAUUUAUUUUUUGCGACGGAUUCGUUCUGCGACCUUGGCACCGAUCUGACAUCCGGCUACGUACCAGCCUUCCGCCAAUCCGUAACACGUACGCGCAACACAGGUUCGGAAACAGCGCCACCUAUAGGAGGCCGGCACCGGGAGACUCCCUCUAGGGAAAACACAGUGCCGGAAAAUUUUGAUUUCCGAGCUCGGAACGUUCCACUGUCAACACGACGAAUUGGGGAGCUAGGAGAAACCACUCCAAGAAGGUUCGAUUUUAGACUCCCAAAUCCUACAUUGACGGGAGUUGAUGACCAACUACAGUCCAACAGAAAUCAACCUCGUAACACAUCGCCAACGACACGAGAGCGAGACGUUAUCGACAGCACACCGAGAAGGGUAAGACAAUCUCUACGAUCACGUACAAUCGUACAACAUUUGUACCUGUGA